GAUUCACACUCAACAUUCAUAACAAUAACAAUUGCAUUCUAUAUUUAUCGAGUUCUCAACUACAUCCAGAAGAGAAGAGAAAAAUGUCGCUGAUUCCAAGUUUCUUUGGUGGCCGAAGGAGCAACGUUUACGAUCCGUUCUCCCUCGAUGUUUGGGAUCCUUUCAAGGAUUUUCCAUUUUCCAGUUCCGUUUCUGCUUCAUUCCCUGAACUGUCUCGUGAGAAUUCUGCAUUUAUGAGCACACGGGUGGACUGGAAGGAAACACCAGAAGCACACGUGUUUAAGGCUGAUCUUCCUGGACUAAAGAAGGAGGAUGUAAAAGUUGAAAUUGAAGAUGAUAGGGUUCUUCAGAUAAGCGGAGAGAGGAGCGUUGAGAAAGAGGACAAGAAUGAUGAGUGGCAUCGGGUUGAACGUAGCAGUGGUAAAUUCAUGAGAAGAUUCAGAUUACCUGAGAAUGCUAAAAUGGAACAAGUUAAAGCUGCCAUGGAGAAUGGUGUUCUCACUGUUACUGUUCCAAAAGAACAUAUCAAGAAACCUGAUGUCAAGUCAAUCGAGAUCUCUGGUUAAACUCAGAAGUGACUCUGUUGCUUUCAUUGGUGUACUUGUUUUGUUUGUAAUGUUUAGUACCUUCUUUGUGAUAUGACAUGAUGUAAUGUGUGAAAUGUUGCUGUAUAAAUAAAUAAGUAAAUUGGUGUUCUUCUUGGUGUUA